AUGGGGCAGAUAUGUAAAUUACCUUCAACUCCUGAACUAAAGAUGAAUAGUGAUUCUAAUCAAAUAAAAGAAAUGACUCACGAAGAAGAAGUUCAAUAUGAAGAACAAGAAAAUAAAAUAAGCGAAUAAAAUUAAUCUUUCUUUCCUGCCAAUCAAUUAUCAGUCCAGUUGUCAUGUACUCCAGAAUUUAGUUUACCUCCUCAAUAAAUUAAAUUAUUUUCACAACAAGAUAGCGAAUACACUCCUGAAUUUUUAGCAAUAAGUUAACCUUUUUAAUAAUAAAUGAAUAUAUAUUAAUAAUAAUUUUGA